UCAUGGAUUCCAACGUGCUUCUGGGCUGCAAGUCACCACGCAGAAUGAUGCUCUUGCUUGUAGUAUUCCUGGGAUAGUGGCACGCUUCCCCAAUAAGAAUGUUCAGGUUCUAAAGCGGGCGCCGUGGACAAAUGUCCUUGGACUCCUAGGGAGCAAUGGGGAGGAGAUCAUGUCAAGUCUCUUAUUCGACUGUGGGGUUUUUAUCCCCAUAGAUUGCCGGAAGGGCAUCUACUAUCAAUUGAGUGGAAUUCCACUUUCGGUUCUUGAACCAGUGAACAAGCCACCUAGGGAACACGAUCCGAGUUCUAAGAUUGCACAAACUGCUGAAAGCAAUUCUUUGCUACCUGCAGGGGCUGCUAGAAAUUCUAAAGUCCAAGGCAACACAGAAGACCACAGAAGAGACAUUUCCAAGCCAAAUAGCAUAGUGUUCUUCCGACGGCAUAUGUUAUAUGCGCGCCCUGCUUUUGAUGCGAAGGGGAUGGUUCAAUCAGGAUUGUCAAGCCGCCGUGAGUGUUCCUAAGAUGAUUGAUAUCAAUAGACUUCCUAGUAACGGCUAGAGGAGACGUUUUGAAUCGCUUUCCAUCCUCAGAUUCAUUAACGCAAACUGUGCAUGUGAUGAAAUAUUUAUUCCCUCGACAAUUCGGCCUGCACAAUGUGUUUACGUGUCCGCUUG